GGGGAGAAAAAAAAAUAAAGUCGUUUUCCUAGAGCGGCCGUUUCCACGCUGACGACGUCCCUUAACGGGGGAAGGACGUGAACUACAACUUCCAUGUACGCCUCAGAUGAGAGUUGAUUGCGGGGCGGAGUCCGCGACUUGCCUUCUCUGCAAUUGGCUGCGGGUGGUGAGCGUCGCUUAAAUCCGCCAAUCAGGAGCCGGGCGGGGCGGGGCUGCCGUUUCAAAUGCAGCCGCGAGAAGCUGCGCCGAGCGGACUCAUCCCCCUCAUCUGUCCCUUCGGCCAGGUGAGGUGAGGCGGCGCUUCAGGGACGGGCCUAGGCCCCGGGGGUGGGAGUAGCUCGGCGUCGCCGGCGCUUGGGAGGGGAGAAGCGGCCGAAGCGCAUUCUCGUGGGUGUUUGUGCGUGUGGAGUUUUGCCGCUCAUGCGGCUAGUCCAUAAGGAGGUCCCGCCCGGCGGUGAGAUUCGGGGUGGCGCAGACUCAGGCCUGUGGGAGGGCAGGCCUGCUACAGUUUAAUGAAGAGGGAAGCUUAAUGGGGUUUGUUGUUUUUGCAAAAGGGAUGGCCUGGAAGUAGAGUUGCCCCCUUUGUCAUGGGGGUGGGCGGUGAUUUUCCUUUUUAAAUUUCAAAUCAAAUUUAAAUUGGGAAAUCAAUUUCAAACUGGGACGCAGGUGGCGCUGUGGGUUAAACCACAGAGCCUAUGACUUGGGACAGAGCCUAUGGCUGGGAGCUAUUUGGCUCUGCACCCUCACCCUUCAGUCCCCCCCAUGCCCUGGUGGUAUCCCAUUUUUGAUUCAAUAACUGGGUGGCGCCAUGGGUUAAACCACAGAGCUUAGGACUUGCCGAUCAGAAGGUCGGCGGUUCGAAUCCCCGCGACGGGGUGAGCUCCCGUUGCUCGGUCCCUGCUCCUGCCAACCUAGCAGUUCGAAAGCCUGUCAAAGUGCAAGUAGAUAAAUAGGUAAGUAGAUAAAUAGGUACCGUUCCAGCAGGAAGGUAAACGGCAUUUCCAUGUGCUGCUCUGGUUCGCCAGAAGUGGCUUAGUCAUGCUGGUCACAUGACCUGGAAGCUGUAUGCCGGCUUACUUGGCCAAUAAAGCGAGAUGAGCACCGCAACCCCAAAGUCAGUCAUGACUGGACCUAAUGGUCACGGGUCCCUUUACCUUUACCUUUAUUGCCAUCACAUCAUAAAAUGUUUCAGAUCACUGGGAUAAUUAAAAAGACAAGGGUGGAGCUGUCAAGGGUUAUAGGGUCACACUGUGGUCGUGUGCACUAGGUGCUAAAGUGACUUCAAAGCAGGUAAGGGUAAAGGUAAAGGACCCCUGGAUGGUUAAGUCCAGUCGAAGGCAACUAUGGGGUUUUGGUGCACAUUUCGCUUUGAGGCCGAGGGGGCCAGCGUUUGUCCACAGACCGCAUUCUGGGUCAUGCAGCAGCCAGACUGGUGACAGGGAGUGGCCACCGAAACCACAUAAUACCUGUCCUGGAAAAUUCAAGCAGCAGUUGUAGCAUACAAAAAUAAUUUAACAUCUUUCUUGGGCAAUUCCAAGCCUGUUAUUCCAAGAUGUUAAAUUAUUUUUGUAUGCUACAACUGCUGCUCGAAUUUUACUAGCCAAAAAGUGGAAAACGCUAGAAUUACCAAUGGUGGAAGAAUGGCAGAUGAAGAUGAUGGAUUUUUCGGAGCUAGCCGACCUAACCGGAAGAGUCUGCAACCGGAAGGAGGAGGAGUAUCAGGAAGAUUGGAUUAAAUUUAAUGAUUAUUUAGUUAAAUGUUAAGUUAAAUUAACUGGAAACAGCUUGCAGAUACUUAAUUGGCUUAGGAUUUUAUUUAAGUUAAGUGAUGAAUUAAUAUGUUUAAUUUCAAAAUGAAAAACUCUAAGGAUGUUAAUGUUCAAGUUAAACUUUAUAAGAACUGUGAUUUGGAAAACCGUUAAAAGGACAUGCAAUGAAAUUCAACCAAGGGGAAGCGAGGAAGUCACUUAACAAUGUUAAUAAGUGUAAUUUUUAAUAAGGUUAUGAUUUAUGUUUGUUUUAUGUGUUUGUUUAUAAUUUUGUGAAAACCAAUAAUUUUUUUUGAAAAUAAAAUAAAAAAUACCCGUCCUGAAAGACCUACGUUGGCUCCCAGUACGUUUCCGAGCACAAUUCAAAGUGUUGGUGCUGACCUCUAAAGCCCUAAAUGGUCUUGUCCCUGUAUACCUGAAGGAGCGUCUCCACCCCCAUUGUUUGGCCCGGACACUGAAGUCCAGCUCCAAGGGCCUUCUGGUGGUUCCCUCACUGCGAGAAGUGAGGUUACAGGGAACCAGGCAGAGGGCCUUCUCGGUAGUGGCGCCCGCCCUGUGGAACGCCCUCCCAUCAGAUGUCAAGGAAAUAAACAACUACCCAACUUUUAGAAGACAUCUGAAGGCAGCCCUGUUUAGGGAAGUUUUUAAUGUUUGAAGUUUUAUUCCAUUUUUUGUGUUCUGUUGGGUGGCUGGGGAAACCCAGCCAAAUGGGGGCGGGGUAUAAAUAAUAAAAUAAUAAUAACCAUCAUCAUCAUCAUCUUACCUGACUCCAAAAGGCAAAAUAACUGAAUAAUCCUCACAAGAAGGUCAAUGCACAGCUGACUUGUAAGUAAGUUGACCUUACUUGCAACUAAGGUCAAUGCACAGCUGACUUGCGAACUUUGCCUUUCUACUGUUCAAAGCCUUGAGCUUCAUAAUGCUAUUAUAUCCUUAAAACUGAAUGCUUGCAAAAUGCAUUUUUAGAUACAUUUGCAAGGAACACAAGUCUCCUGCAAUUUCCCCCUCUGUAUCUUGUUGAGUAAAGAACCGCAACUGCAAACUUUGCACAGCAGCCACUAUUUCCCCCUCCCUGCAUGAAAUCUGGCUGGUGGGGCUACAUUCAGCCAUUAGGCUCCCCCCCAUCCCCUUUUUACUGUGUGUAAUAGCUGGUUUAUGUACAGCUGAAGUGGUAAAACCCUCCUGCAACAAGCAGCAAAUAUUGCUCAUGGGAUUUGCCUCUCUACCAAAAGGCAGUGUACUUCUCUGUAAAUUAACCUGUCGAAUCCGGAUUGUUUGCCAUAAGUGGAUAUGAGGAAUGAUGCUGUAGUCUGGUCCAUGUGUAUCUGACGCUGAGUACUGGCCAACUUUUUACCACUGUUUCGUUAGUAUAGAAAAGAUUCUGGUAUAGAUACGUAUGGGUGUGCAGGGGUGGUGAUUGUAGUGAAGCAGCUCUUUGAAAUGGAAAUAAAUAUAACUGGUGCUGGAUUUUUAAAAAUAUAAUAUUGAGCUGGUUUACCUAAUGUCUUUUGCAGUUGUAUCAUGGAUGACGAAGGGAAAACAACCUUGCAUUCAGAAUGUAAAAUGACGGAAGCCAAACCCAAUGAGUGUGUGAAUAAUGGUAGGUGAUAAAAACAACAUUGCUGUAAGAUAUAAAGCACAUUUGUAAAUUACUGUCUUGUUUGUCAUGAGACACCUCUAAAAUCGAGUGCUCUUGAAUGGGAGGAGUAAUUCGAGAGACUGGUGGUAUUCCUAUUGGGAUAAAAAAGUCAGGCAGCACAGUGCUAUGCCCAGGGCUUGUAAGGCCACCCUCUACCUAUGGCCUACACCCACGAUAGCCAACAUGGUGCCCUCCAGGUUUUCUGGACUACAGUUCCAUGACUAUUGGCCAUGUUGGCUGAGGGUGAUGACGGGUGUUGUAGCCCAAAACAACUGAACAGCACCAGUUGGCUGCCCCUAGCCUACACUAUCUAAUCUGCAGGCAAAAAAACCUGCAAGGUGUUCAAGCUUGUAGCAAUCAGUGAGAUAAUGUACUGCAGCCAAUUCAGUUAAUUAGCAAGAAUAUUAACCCUCCCCCCCCUUCAUUCUUCCUGAUGCCUUUUAAUACUGCUGAAUAUUCUGCCCUUUGACACAUGCACACACAAUUUGCUGUAGAAUAAAGUUACAAAAAAGGAUAACUAUAGGUUGCUUUAAUGAUGAGUCUUACUUGUCAUAAGGGAAAUGUAGUUUUUGGAAUAAUACUUGAUCAAAUGAUUCUAAUGACUUCUGAGCUAUUCUGUUUUGAAAUGGAUGGCUGAAAUUUCUUAUCAGAAAUACUGAUCAUAUUGUUAAAUUGUAUCCAAAGAUAAAAACACACUGCAAGAAUCUCAUAACAAUCUGCGUAACAAAUAGGCUCUGAUUUAAGUUUAUAUUAUAAACGUCUUCAUUCUGGAUUAGUUGCAACUGUUUACCAGGAAUAAUGCUAGAAAUAACUGCUAUAGUGUUUAACUCUGCGCUCACUAUCAAAGGUGAUAUGAAGAGCUUGCAUUGAACUGUCCCUUGUGACCAGUUCGGUAAUGCAUUGGCUUGACUCAGCUUAAGUACAGUUUAAUGCUGGCUGGGCUCUAGCCCUGAUCUAAAAACCUUCAGAUAACAGUGGGCUACAUAUGAGCAGGGUCUGCCCCAAAGAAAACUCUCCAUGAAUAUGAUCAUUGCUGUCGGCUUUUAAGGUGCCAGUUUUGUGGGGGAAAGAAGGGAAAUGUGGGUUCCGUCCAUCAGUACCCUACCCUUAGUGCUGGUUAUGGGAUCCAAUAUUUGUAUGAAUACAUGAUUCAGAAGGAUAUCUGUACAUAGAAACCUUUGCGCACAGACCAUCCUUUCUGGAUUGGGGCAUGUGUUCCACGCUGUAUUAGAAAUUAAUUCUCUGUUCUGUUUUGUGUAGACUAGAAUAAUUUGAAACCAAAAGUAGUAGCAAAAGCUGAAAUUUCAGCAAGGCAAAGGGGAAUACGGUAAUAUAUCCACUAUAAAAAGGUCAGCCAUGAUUAGCUUAAUAACAACUGAUGCUCUGUUAUGAUUCCAGAUUUUCGCCACCUGUCUGAUGAAAAAUUUGACUUUGACUUUUCGCUGUCUCCUAUAAGGUAAACAAAGUAUCUAAAGCAAACCAUAUUUUUAAAAGAGCAAGCGAUUUGGAGGUGUCUGACUAAUUUGUCUGUAUUCUAGUGAAAACGAGGAUGAAGUUUUUGUCGGGCCCAUGGGCCAUAAAGAAAAAUGCAUUGCGACGACUCUUGAAGCCCUUGAAGCAAGGAAAAACACAAUUCCCCCAUCACCACUUGUGGAUAAACUAGCAUGGAGCCCCGUUUCUGAGGAGAAAUUUAUGGAGAUUUUUAAGGAAGCUCACCAGAUAGCACUCCAGAUACAAAGUGGAACCAAAGCAAAAAGGAACAACGGUCGCCAGCUGGAAGAACGAAAGACGGAGGCUGUAGAAAAAUUUGUGCAAGAAUCUAAAUCAAAACUGAAACUCCUUGAGAAAGGAAUAGUGAUGGAUAAAACCCCAAAGGAAGUUAGGAGAGAGACUUAUUGUGUGUAUGAAAGUCCAGUCUCCCCACGGCCACCUUCCUUUCAGAAACACUCAAGGCAACUGAUCGCGGGGAUGGACAGCUCUCGUUCUCCACAAAUUCCUCUAAAUACUUCUAGUCCUGCCAGAAUGAGCAAAUUGCCCCCCACACCGCUUGCAUCUUUAGCGCAAGGGAAGAGUGACAAGACAAAUAACAAACCGAACACAGUUCAGACUGUAAAAAAUGCAUCUGCAUUUGGAAAUAGUCUCUUGGCAGCGGGACAGGUAAAGUUUUUUUCCCUUCUGGAUAGAUUAAAGCAUAAAGGGCAGUCAUCUUUCCACAAAACAGGAACGUUUUUGCCUGGUGCCUAAAAAAUAAGAAUGGUAACUCCCUGCUAGUUCCCAAUUAUUUCCCUUGUUUGUGGAGUUUCUUACAUAGAGGACAAAUAGCUGCAUGGUUGUGAUCUUACUUAAAUUUGUUGGCCUCAGUGCAUAAUGCCGGUGACCUUGACAUUUCUGACUUAUAGCUGGCGAACUCAUUUCAUACGCCUUACAAUAAAACUAGUGGUGUUGGUUGCUAAAUAUGACUUGAGACUAAUGUGAAAUUGGUGGUCACCUCAAUGCUUAUCAGUGCUGCUGCUGCUGGAGUGUAGUCAGCUAGAAACGUCUAACCAGGUGCUGUGUGUCUCUUGCCUCGUUUGCGUGUCAUAUUGAGUUGCCAACAAUAGCCAUGGUUUAUUCUUGGCUAAUUGUUCAGGGGUGCAAACCCUGAGGCUGGUUUUAGAUUUCACCACAAGCCAGACCAUGGCUUAAUUUCCUAGGAGGAGGGAGAAGAGAAUGCUAUGCACAUCCAGGUUGAACCAUAGCUUGUUUUUAACUGAUUUAAUGUGACAUACAAAUUGUUGUGAGGUGUGACUCUAUUAAUAUUAGAAUGCUGCUUUGUUUGUCGUCUUGACUUCCAGCAGAUGGUUCUUCUAAAUUGAACUAUUAUUACUAUUAUUAAAUUUAUAUACUGCCCUUCAUCAGAAGAUCUCAGGACGGUUCACAGACUAAAAUAUAUAAAAGACAGUAAAUAAUUAAACCCCAAGCAACAUAACGAUAACUCCGCCUUCCCACAAAUGCAUUUAAAUGGCUGUAGAAUAUUAAUUAGCCAAAGGCCUGGUUGAAGAGGAACGUUUUUGCCUGGUGCCUAAAAAUAUAUAAUGGAGACACCAGGCAAACAUCUCUGGGGAGAGCAUUCCAUUUGCUUAAAGGCUCUUUGAAAUCCACUUGCAGGCAUGGAAUCAAACCACCGCUGCAGAAGGAAACGCUUCUCCCUCCGAGGAAAAAUAUCCAUUUGCAAGUGUAGUUUGAAUCCAUGUCACACCUGUAAAUGGACUUCAAAGGUGGGUGCUCUCAGGACCCAUCAGCUGAUUGCUCUUGAGGGAAAACCUCAUUGGCUGCACCAGGGAGUCCCUGAUGAGGCAGCCAAUCCUAACUACAUGUUUGCGGACCCCUUACUUGAUGUCGAGUAUGUCAGUUUCGGGGCAGUUGGGUGUGCUUUAGUGGAAAUGGCCUCGCAGGCUUUAUUGGGGACCCGUGCUGGGCCUGUGGGAAAUUAAAGUGUUGGUUAGAACUUGUUUAUUGAAAGGAUAUUUUAGUUUAAUGGGCAAACACUACAAUAACAUUACUGUUGACAUCCUUUGGUUUACAAAUGCUUGAAAUCUGAACCUUGCAGCCAAAACAAGGGAAGCUGCCCAGUAUUUCCAGCUGGAAUAAUUUGAGCAGUAUGGAGUCAUCGGAAGAUUUACUCUCUGACAAAUCAAGUUUUGCUUCCGAUGCGGUAGAUGCAUCCUUCUCGAACAGUUCAACGGGGAAAGACAAGAGAACUCUUUCAAAUUCCAGCAAGGUAAAUGCUCUUAAUGAAUAACUCCUGCCUUUGUAAUUCUUGGUGACAUCUGAAACCAGAUGUUCUAGAUUUGUGAUACUGGAUUAGCGAUCCUUGGACCAGUGUACUCUGUGGUAUACAGUGGUACCUCGGGUUACAUACGCUUCAGGUUACAUACGCUUCAGGUUACAGACUCCGCUAACCCAGAAAUAGUGCUUCAGGUUAAGAACUUUGCUUCAGGAUGAGAACAGAAAUCGUGCUCUGGCGGCGCAGCAGCAGCAGGAGGCCCCAUUAGCUAAAGUGGUGCUUCAGGUUAAGAACAGUUUCAGGUUAAGUAUGGACCUCCAGAACGAAUUAAGUACUCAACCCAAGGUACCACUGUAUGAGGAAAUAGGCUUAGCAAAGAAUCCAGUGAUGCAUAUGAGUGAUUUAUUGAAGUAACAAACUCAUGGUCUGAAUCGACUUGACCCUUGCUGCCAAAUUGAACGGGGAGGGUUCUAUAUGCUGUUGUGGAUUGUAGUGGAUGAGGAAGGUAUAAAGCUCUUCAUGAGCACACAUAAUGGAAAUAAUUUCCCAGGAAAACUUAAGGGUUUGAAAUCACUGAUCUGCAAAGUUGUAGUAUCUUAAUUUGAAGGGAAAAAAUGUUCAAACCCUUAUUGCAGGAGCAUUAGGGCUGGAUAUGCUUUCUUGUAGCCACACAGAUGUGAACAUAAGGAAUAUCGGUAUUUCGGUAGGAUAAAGUCUGUUAGAAGUUAUUAGGGAUACCUAAAUGACCUCCACUACUGUCUUUACAGUUGGGGAUCAAGGCAACACAGCUGAAACGUCCUAGUAAUAUCCGUAUGCGAAGGAACACUUCAACGUCUUCUUCUUCAUCCUCUUUUUCCAGCAUAAGCCUGAAUUCAAGUCUGUCCAUCUCUCCUAAGAUAGGGAAAGGUAACAAAUCCAAUGUGGUUUGAUCCUGUUUGGCUCUAAUUAACCAGAAUUGGAAUAAACAACAGUUGCCCAAAAUGGUGGCCACUUGUCUAAAUGGCCUGCUGAGUUGCGGGGAAACCUAGGUUCUACACACACACACAUGCUUCUUUCUUCUUCUUUGGUGAUCACGCAUAGCUGAGUAAGAUUGUCUUCCAUGAACACUGUCUUAACAGUGAGUCCGUAAGUGACUGUGGAGGCCAAUUCUGGAUCUUCCAUAGAUCAUUCUUCCAUAGUGGGGACAACACACACAUACAUUUUGCUCCUAGGAAUACAGAAUCCAAGCCCCAAAUAUUAAGUGAUAGCAACAGUGGCCAAAAUGCAUAACUGCUGAGCUCUUUUGAAGCACAAGUGAGAAACUGAUUUAAUAAAAUUGGUGCUCACUAACGUAAAUAGUAAGUCUAGUAAUUAUACAAUUUCCAUAUUAACCUUUGCAAAGACAAUUAUUCUGAGACAUUGCACCCUCUUGCAGUUAAUCACACACUUAUGAAUGUGGUCACCAUAGACCAAAUUGAAUAAUUGCAUUAUGCGAUGGCUGUAACAGCACCCUUUAAAUAGUUCAAUCUCUUCUCCCUUAUUGGCUCCUGUGCUUCAUACUUGUCCCAAGCACCUGCACUUUUCAAAAUCCAUGUCUCUUUGUCCUUAUCAGUUAAUUCAAAUGUGUGUAAUGCAUCUCCACAUCCAUGCUGGGUGUCUCUUCUCUCAUUCUCUUCCCCUCUCUUCCAACACUGGGAAUUGCUUGCUCAAGUUUGUUGCCUUUGCUUUCCCGACACUAAAGCAUUGGGUGCAUUGAUAGUGGUGCAUACAUAUAUAAACAAUAGAUAUAAAAUUUCUUUUUUUCUCUCCCAGGUAAAAUAGGUGUUGCUUCUAAAGUUUCUGCACGUGGCUCCCGGCUGUCCUCUACUGCAAGCAAGAUUGCUAUUGUUAAACCUAUGAAGGGGUUGUCUGUGCAGGCUUCCCAUUCUGAUGUAUCUGGAAAGGAACAUGGGUCCACAAGUGCUUCAAAAACAAAUCUUCCAGUGAAUGCACCCAAAUACAGAGUUACUGAUAUGUCUGAGAUGGCCGGUGGGAUUUUGAAAGAGGACUCAGAUCCUAGUUUUCAGAAACCAUUGCAGAAAAGCAUAUUGGGAAACAGAACAGCAACUUCAAGUCCCAAGCCCAAAGUAGUACCUGCAGUCUCAAAGGAAGGUAAGAACACUGGUCUUACCUAUGUGAUAAAUUUUUAUAGUUUAUCUAACUUCUAGUGUGCCUGCCCUUAUUUCUGUUCUAAAUAUUGCAUUGGAUGGGGAGGAAGAACUGAACUGAGGAUCAGUAAGUUGAUUAAGUCCUGUAAUUGUUUUCUCCCUAGGUGUAUCUGAGAAUUUUGUUGCCAAAGUGUUACAACCAAUUGCAUCACUGUCUUGUGGUAAUGUUGAAAGGUAAUAUUCUAUAUUUUAAUUCAUACUUGUUUUCCUCUAAGCUUCUGUCAUCUUGAACUGCCUUGCAGGUGCUGACAGGCUUAUCAAGGUGGUUUAGAACUGGGUUUUUGUGUAUGUGGUGUGUGAGAACUUUGUGUAUAUGGGGUGUGUGAAAUUACUUGUGGAGAGACCUGAAGAUGCUUCAUACUACUUUAAACAGUAGCAUGUAAAGCAAAAAAGGCUGUCCAGUGGGAUUGGCAGUCCUUGAUAUUCGAAGUCUUAGAUGAAUUCUUUGUCCCACCCCUUGCUGUUGCAGGCAGGAGAGGGCUGGGUUACGUUGCUGAUUCAAAUUUUUGCUUGGCAAUACUGAAGUCUUGUGCUUCAACAGUGUCUGUGAAACUACCUAUUUGGGUUCUGAUUUGCGUAUCAGCAGUGAACAUGAGAUUGGGAAUUUAAUGUUGCCAAAGGCAAAGUUUUACCCUGUUAUCUCAUAGCAAGGCAAAACAUGGUUUAGACUUCAAACAUACAUGCAAACUAUAGCUUGCAAUUUCUUGCUUUCAUUUGUUUUCUUUUUGCUCAGCAGUCCAGUCUUGAGGUACUGGGGCAUCUGGAGGUAGAGCAGCUACUAAUAAAUUUGUCAAAUCAGACAUCACAACAAGCUGUAGUUAAGUUUAAUUAACUAUUGUUUGCCACAAUCUCUGAAAUGGACUGAUGAGAAUUUCAGCUUGGAUUACGUGUGGUACCUAAGCACUUCUAUAAUCUCCCAGAAGAUGUUUUAUCUGCUGCUAUAUCAUGCCUCUUGGUAUGAAAAAACCACAGUCUGCUAUUCCGAACACUGACUUGCGUUUUAGAAAAAGCCUCAGUUUGGGAUAAAAUCAAAUAUUUCAAUGGCCUGCAAACAGCUUAAUAAAAAAGCUGAAUUGGUUUAAAAUGUAUCCUGUUGCAGUUCUUAAAUUGGGUUGCUGGUUGCUCUUGACUGCAUUACUGAAAAGUAUUUGGGAUACCCUACAUUUUUGAGUGUGCACUUAAACUAAGAGGAAUGCUUCAGUUGUGAUGCAUUAUCGGCUUCUAACACUUCGUGUAUCCUUCUAGCAAUGUUGCCGUUACCCCACCUCGCAAACUAUCAGAAGACGGAUUAGUAUUAAAUACCUGUUCUGCUGCCAAGUCUGCCUUAUGGACUCCAUCCAACAGAAGGCAUUCUGCAUUACCUACUCCCGUUGGUCGGCGUACGUCGGGAAUUCCAUCACUAACCCCCAGAACUGUGCCCAAAGCAAGGUCUUCUCCCGAUCUCGUGUCUCUUCGGCAAGUCUCGAGUGUGUCAUCCAAAAAGACUCUAGAAGCUAGGUAAAUCUAGACAUAACCAAAACUGACCAUCUUACACCAUUUUCAAGACGGGUUCUUAGAUGAAAUUCUUUGUGUCUCUUCCUUUCCAGUUUCAAAUGGGCCAGAGAGCGCAAGACCCGUGGGGCCUAUAGCUCAUCUUCAACAGAAGGAUCUCCCCCACCAGUUGCACCUAUUGCACUGGAUUUUUCAACAGAGAAGUCUUCUGAAGAAACAGAACAGGACCUUUCUGAGCAGGAGAAACCAGCAGAAAGAACACCCACUGUGGAGGUAGGCUCCUGCCUUGUCUCCUUUUUUGUGUAUAUAGAACAGCUGUCCCAGGCAGCUUUAAAAUGUGAAGCAUCUCUUUCAGAAAUUACCACUGCUGCAGACAGUGUCUAUGUUGAAAAGGAGCUGAAAGGUGUUUAGUUAUAUCUAGCGUCCUUAAUUUUCUUGGUCACUUUCCCAAUGAGCCACUGCUUGUUGUGAAGUUUGUGUAAAGCAGGAUUUCUCUGGUCUUCUUUUAAGUUUUUUGCUUUGCAGAAGAUUGUCUGCUGAAACAACAUAAAGUAAAUUUAUCCACAUGCCAAUUGUUAAUGACUGCUUCCAAAUAAUAUCAUGGGUAAUUACAGAUAUAUGGAGACUCCUGAGUCAAUAGGUAAAGGGACCCCUGACCAUUAGGUCCAGUUGUGGCCGACUCUGGGGUUGCGGCGCUCAUCUCGCUUUAUUGGCCGAGGGAGCCAGCGUACAGCUUCCGGGUCCUGUGGCCAGCAUGACUAAGCCACUUCUGGCGAACCAGAGCAGCGCACGGAAAUGCCGUUUACCUUCCCGCCAGAGCGGUACCUAUUUAUCUACUUGUACUUUGACGUGCUUUUGAACUGUUAGAUUGGCAGGAGCUGGGACCGAGUAACGGGAGCUCACCCUGUCGCGCGGGUUCGAACCGCCGACCUUCUGAUCGCCGAGUCCUAGGCUCUGUGAUUUAACCCAUAGCGCCACCCGCAUCAAUAGGAGGCUAACCCAAACCAGUUAUUGGAUAAAGAACGUAUUAAGUACCGUGGAUUUUUAGGGUAGCAAACAGGUUUAUUAAACAGUUUUGUUCUCAUGGGCAUUCUUUUGUAAUUAACUUUAUUUCAGGAAGCACAAUAGGCAGUCAACAACUUACAAAUUACUAUUUUUUCCCUAGACUUUACUGAUAGACAUUGGAAUAGAUAAAACACCACUUGCCACCCAGGAAUGUGAAAAUAAACCCCUUAUUGAUCUUUUUAAUACUCCUGAAAUAAUUCCAGUUCCUCUGUUGAAGCCUGUAGGACAGGUAAGAUACCCGUUUUAUAUUUCCCUUUUUAAUACUGCUAGCAUGCAAGGAUAUUGUUUCAAUAUAAAUGUCAGUGCAGCAGUAUGACUUCUCAUGCGACAUAAGCUGGAAAAAUGUACAAAGGACAGACUGCCAUUCACAGCAUAUUGCAUCCACACAGAUAUAUGUGACAUUCAGGAACAACUUUGCAAGGGGAUUCUGACCUUGUAUUGACUGGCUGUUGCAAUAUAAAUACCGUAUUUUUCGUACCAUAGGGCGCACCGGACCAUAGGGCGCACCCAGUUUUUAGGGGGGGAAAUCAAGAAAAAUCUUUUUCCCCCCCAGCCCCAAAGAGCAGCGUACAGGCUGCGCACAACCUCUCCCUGCCGGGAGAUGCUGCGCAGGGCUAAAGAAGCCAUAGCCCCGUGCAGCCUCUCCCUGCCGGAGGGGUUGCGCGCAGCUAUGGAGCAAGCCAAGGCAGCGAGCGGGGUGGAUCCCGCUCGCUGUUUUGGCUUCCCCUUUAGCCCCAUGCAGCCUCUCCUUGCCGGGAGACGCUGCGCAGGGCUUCUCCUGGCUUUCCUGGGAGGUGGGGGGAUUCCCUCACCUCUCCCAAAAGCCCGCAGAAGCUGCGCAACCCCUUUAAAGAGAUCACGGCUUCUCCUGGCUUUCCUGGGAGGUGGGGGGGAUUCUCUCACCUCUCCCAAAAGCCCGCAGAAGCCGCACAACCCCUUUAAAGAGAUCACGGCUUCUCCUGGCUUUCCUGGGAGGUGGCGGGGAUUCCCCCACCUCCCGCAAAACCGGCAGAAGCCGCACACACUUUAAAAGGGCUGCACGGCUUCUCCUGGCUUUCCUGGGAGGUGGGGGGGAUUCCCUCACCUCUCCCAAAAGCCCGCAGAAGCCGCGCAACCCCUUUAAAGAGAUCACGGCUUCUCCUGGCUUUCCUGGGAGGUGGGAGAAGGGACUGAUGCGGCCAGUCAGUCCCUUCUCCCUCCUGUGGAAAAGCCCGCAAGAGCGCACAGAGCUUGUGUGCGGCUCUUGGGGGCUUUUCCCGCCUGCCUCCCCCCUGCAUUCGCUCCAUAGGAUGCACAGACAUUUUCCCUUGCUUUUUAGGAGGGAAAAAGUGCGUCCUAUGGUGCGAAAAAUACGGUAAUCGAAUUUAUGGCUGUGUAGUGGUGUCAAAGAAUGCCAUUAUAAGACUUGUUAGCAAAGGAGAAGUCUGCUGUUGUAAUGGUUCAAAUAUUGUUUUAGUUAAUGUCUUUACUGUCUUUAUCUCUCUCUCCUCCCCUUCCCUCCUUCUAGCCAAUAGAUCUGAGCUCUCCUCUCAUCAGUUUUACACCGGAAGGAAAUAAAGAGAACCUGGAUUCUCCUCUUCUGAAGUUUUGAUUUCUUGAGCAAAUUUCUUAACUUGGAAGAGUUUGAGUGCAAAAACUGAUGUUUCACUAAGCAGGGGGUGAGUGGGUAACAGACUAGUAAAAUAGAAAUGAAGUUUUUAAACUGAGCACUUGACAAAUGUGUUGUUGAUGUGUUGUUAAGGGAUAAUAAUAAAGAUGGCUUAAAUAUUGAUUACUCAGUACUUUCAGGAACUGAUCGCAGAUGCCUUGUGUGUUAAAAUAUCUAGUUUGUUUUGCACAACUUUGUCAAAUGUCAUGAAUUAAAAUAAAGCAAAGGCAUUCUAAAAUGUAUAUUUUCAUUAAAAUAUAGUGGAAGCCUUUCUGAAUGCUUCCACCAUUUCAACUUUACAGUUCAAAGCACCUGCUAGGAUUUAUAAUGUGCACACUGUACACUUAGGCAUUUUAGUCUGUAAUUUGUGAUUGGAAACUCUGCAGUAACGUGAAUAAUUUGGUGAGUGAUUAUUGAGAUUUACAGUAUUUGAAGCAGAACUGAUUUGCUGUAUUAUGAUUAGGAUGCAUUUGUACUGUUCAAUUUUCAUAAUGUGAAUUUUAGUUGCAUCAUAGCCAUAUUACUCCUGGAUCAGAAAUCUGAACAAGCUAGGAGCUUUUAUGCACAGUGAUCUCUUGCUGUUCCUGUGCAUCAUGCUAUCAAAUUAAGAAAAGGGAAUGAUGGAUCUGCCUCUGACAUCUCAGUUCCAAACAUUUGUAUGAAAAUGAAUCUACCCGAACAGAUCAAUUCAAGCAAAGGGGCGGGGGAAUGGGUGACUUUUACAUCAUGGAGGAGAUUCCUUUUACAGAAAAGCAGGACAUUCCUCACUGAUAGUUUGUCUUAACUGGAUGCAACGAUGGACAAGUAUUAGGCUGGUCCUCCCUUGCAGCUCAAAAUGAACAAGUAAGUGGUAGUGACUUGGAAAGUAUGGAAAAGACUUUGGCUUCAGUAAGCAUAUUAAAGCAUACAUAGUUCUAAUUCAGCCAUAGCACAAAGCUCCCAGGUUGUGCCUUUACUGCCACUAUGGAAAGUCCUUCUCUGUGAAGGAGAAAUCUGUUCCCUCUCCUGCAAGCCUUCUCACUUGCCUACAUGAAUUCCUUGCUGCAUUUGGCUAACAGACUGUUAAAUACAGCUGUUAAAUACAAAGCUCUGGUUUAUUUGUUUAAUCCCUACAGUCCAAGUGGCUUAAAAAUGGAUGAAGACGCUUGUAGCAUAUACACUGAAACUAAUAUGUAUCUUUCAGAAUCUAGGUGGAGAAACUGUGUGUGUGUAACACAAUUAGUAUUUUCUUUUCCAACUAAGAAAAAAUGUAAUAAUUUAUUUAGGCAAACAGGAACCAAAACAUAUGGUUACAGGGUCCAGCAGAGAUCUAUAGGUUACUAUAUUACUUCCAAUGGUUGUUUCAUAGUUUAGGUUUAAUAUAUUAUUGACAGAUUCAUAUCAAUAACUGAUUCUAGACUAGAUGUGAAUUUAUUAACGUAAUUUAACUAGCAGAACCGAAUUAAAUACUGGAUUGAAA